CUGCUGGCUUGAUUAUGAUUCCGAAUCAAUUGUCAACCGAAAAAGUUGGCCAGAUUCCUAUAGUGCAACUCGAAAACGCGAAUAAUAUGGACGGCCACGAUCAGCGUGGAGCACCGAUCCCUCGUGUUCAGAGACCGCUCAACAGACGCUGCUUGACUCGAUCGAGAAAAGCAAUUUCUACAACUGCAACAACCACGGAUACUUCAGAAAAUGACGUCAAGAUGAGAAGAGAUGCAAUGGAGGUUCAGCACUUGGAGCAGUCUAAAUUGGAGCCGGCGAACGAAUCCUUAUCCAAUGAAACUUUCAUUUUCAAAUUGGCCGAGCUAUUGGAAGGACCAUUGAAGCCAUUCAUAGUUGUAUCACCUGAUGAAAUCAUCAAAGUCACAAGAGACUAUCUCGAGAGAAAAGCCAUUGAGCAAGAAGAGCAUCAGUCUGCAAUUUCAGAAUUCUUUCGUUCCCUCAGUCCUAAGAGUCAGUUGAGUCAAUUUUUGCAAAUUUCUCAGGGGACCAGUUUGCCUCACGGUCAGCCAUGCCAAGGGAACACUAGUGAGAGUGUGUACCAUCCAAAUCAAGUGGAAGCUCGGGGUCCAUAUAAUGAGAUUUUCAUGGAAUCGGAGAGAAAGAAGUACUUGGCUCAAUGGAUGGAGGACCCCACUAAUGAAGCUAACCCAUUCAAAAAAUUAAUCGACAUGACAAGUAUCAUCAUGAUCGAAAUUUUGAAUUCUGUUGUUGACAAGAUCCCCAAUGUGGCUCGAUUUGUAAGAGAUUGGGAGGAAAAGUGCGGAAAAAGCAUUAAACAGAUGUGGAUAACAAUUGAGAAUUCAAGCGGUGAUAGAACAGACGACCACACUAUUGUUCAGAAAGAAAUCAAAGAAGUUCCAAUUUUGGCGGAAAUGCUAGGUCAAAAGUCACACGAGGUGUGUUUCCGUCGUCUGUCGCAGCUGAAACAAUUCUGGUUUCUGAAAACUGGCGAGUCGACUGGUUGGUCUCCAAUUAUAUAUCAAGCACGGGUAAUCAACGAUUUAUUACUGGAAAUUAAGUGUAAUGACUGAUUAAAUGUCACUCCAUUCUUGAAUAGGAUGUCUCAAUGUUAUAUGGAUCAGAAGGUGAAUAUAUUCCGAAAACUUCCGAAGAUGGCCGUGACACUGACAAAGAUGUAAAAGAAGAAACUGUCGAAAAAUUGACUCAGCGAGUAUGAGCCUUUCCAGACCAGACCUGAUGGUUGAUUUAUCGAUAAUGACACUAAAAUUUAACUUAUCUCACAUGUAGCCACUUCCCAACCAAAUUUAGUCAAUUUCUAACUGUCAUUAAACUUCAACCACUUUCCUACUAAAUGUAUCGCUUUCUACCCAUCUGACCCCGCUUAUCAACCCAUUUUUGGCCAACUUUUGCCAACUUUUGCCACGUCAAACUAAUUUUUUUGGUCGAUUUCUCAAAAAGAAAAUAUACAAGUUCC